UUCUCUGUCCUCCGCUCCUGGCGGGAGUUUCCUCUCGGGGGAUUCCUGUCUGAUGUGAAGAACAAAAAUUGAAACACACAUUUGGUUUGGCUUACUGGCCUCAGUAGGUGGAUAUUGGUACCAUCUAUGGGGAGAAAGACCUGCCUGUAGGCUGAUAUGGCAUUUUUGUGCUUUAGGAUCCUGAACAGUUUUUUGGGGAAGAGAGGAGGCACUUUUGCACUGAAGCUUUUCUGUUUUACUCUUUCUGUGUUCGUCUUCUGUGAAUUUUUAAUUUAUUACGUAGUUAUAAUUCAGUGUCACUGGCCACAAUUGAAAGCUAAGGCUCCAAGGGCUACUGAAAAGACUUCCAAUUCUGUCUUGAAGGCUAUGUUUUUAUCUGAUACUCAUUUACUAGGUGAAAUCAGCGGUCACUGGCUGGACAAGCUGAGAAGGGAAUGGCAGAUGGAGAGAGCCUUCCAAACUGCUGUCUGGCUUCUGCAGCCAGAAAUAGUUUUUAUCCUGGGUGAUGUCUUUGAUGAAGGGAAAUGGAGUUCUUCCCAGGCCUGGUCAGAUGAUGUAAGACGCUAUCAGAAAAUGUUUAGGCAUCCAGCCUCUAUUGAGCUAAUUGCUAUUGUUGGCAACCACGACAUUGGCUUUCAUUAUGAAAUGACGGAAUACAAGUUGCAACGUUUUUCAGAAGUUUUCAAUUUCACUUCAGAAAAGCUGAUAACUCGGAAAGGGAUAAACUUUGUUAUGGUGAACAGUGUUGCUCUUGAGGGUGAUGGCUGCAUCAUCUGUAGAACAGCAGAAGCAAAGCUUGCAGAACUCUCCCAUCAACUCAACUGUUCACUGCAGGAACAAAGUCAGUCCAGAAAAAGGUGCAGCGAUGUAGACAAGCUCCCACCUUCAGCUCCAAUUCUAUUACAGCAUUAUCCUCUUUAUCGAAGAAGUGACGCAAAAUGUACAGGAGAAGAUUCUGCUCCUUUGGAUAAAAAGAAUUACAUAUUUAAAGAAAAGUACGACGUGGUUUCAAAAGAAGCUUCUCAAAAGCUGCUAUGGUGGUUUUAUCCUCGGCUCAUUUUGAGUGGUCACACCCACAGUGCCUGUGAAGUGUUGCAUAAUGGGAAAAUCCCAGAAAUCAGUAUUCCGUCAUUCAGUUGGAGGAACAGAAACAAUCCUAGUUUCAUAGUGGGCAGUAUAACACCAACCGACUUCUCUCUCUACAAGUGCUUUCUUCCAUUCGAGAGCACAGUUCUUACCAUCUACUGUGCAGCAGGAGCUGUGCUUUUGGUCCUCGUACUAGCUCACUUUCACCUUCUCAUUACCCCUUUUCAUUUUGUUCAGCGUUUAAUCACUAAAUAUAAAGCAGUAUGAAGAGUCAGACACUUGUAAUCGGUCACUGACACACCAAAGCUAAAGAACAGUCCAUCAGACUACAUUCAUGCCAGCAAAUGCGUACUUGAAUUGCUAGCCCAAAGGCAGGUUGCCUUUACAUACAGAAAGUCCUAUACAGUUGAUAUGACUUAUACUACAGGGUAAGUUAACUGAAUGCUUCAUGCUGUACAAAAAUAUUGUAUUCUACAAUCAAAUGAAUCAUUUUCUUGCUAAAGUUUUUGUAUCAAAUAUGUAUAUUAAAAGUUUGUAACUGUACACUAUAA